GACCGCACACUCUCGGAGGACUCCGAAGCUCCUCCGCGGGUCCCGGGACACAGGUGUGUGAGAAACUACGCCGGCGCCGAGGAAGCCCGGACCCCAGGCCAUGGGGGGUCAGCUGAGGCUGCCGCCCGGAGAGCCCUGCCGAGAAGGUUACGUGCUGUCUCUGGUCUGUCCAAACUCUUCCCAGGCUUCCUGUGAAAUCACAAAUGUGUCACAGCUGCUGCCUUAUCCUGUCCUCUACACGGACCUGAACUCCACUCUAAGCAAUGUCAGCAUUUCAGCAAACGUGGAAAACAAAUACAGUCUAUAUGCCGGCUUGGCACUGGCCAUCAGCGCCAGCAUUUUUAUCGGCUCAAGUUUCAUACUCAAGAAGAAGGGUCUCUUGCAACUGGCCAACAAGGGCAUUACUAGAGCAGGGCAAGGUGGACAUUCUUACCUCAAGGAAUGGAUGUGGUGGGCAGGACUGCUGUCGAUGGGAGCUGGAGAGGCAGCGAACUUUGCAGCUUAUGCCUUUGCACCUGCCACCUUGAUCACCCCCUUGGGGGCUCUGAGUGUUCUUGUAAGCGCAAUAUUGUCUUCCUACUUUUUAAACGAGCACUUGAACAUUCAUGGGAAAAUAGGCUGCAUAUUAAGCAUAUUGGGGUCCACUGUGAUGGUUAUCCAUGCCCCGCAAGAGGAAGAAGUCACUUCUUUGCACGAGAUGGAAAUAAAACUGAGGGAUCCAGGGUUCGUUUCCUUUGCUCUGAUCGUCUCUGUGAUCUCCUUGGUGCUGAUUGUGCUCGUGGCACCAAAGAAAGGACAGACCAAUAUCUUGGUCUACAUUGCAAUCUGCUCUUUGAUCGGAGCCUUUUCAGUUUCUUCUGCCAAGGGCUUGGGAAUCGCCGCCAAGGAGCUGCUGGAGUGGAAGCCUGUUUACAAGAACCCCCUCGUCUUCAUCCUGUUGGCUGUGCUUGUCCUCUCAGUGACGACACAGAUUAACUAUCUCAACAAAGCCCUGGACACUUUUAACACAUCUCUGGUGACUCCCAUUUAUUACGUGUUCUUCACAUCCAUGGUGGUGACCUGUUCUGCCAUUUUGUUCCAGGAGUGGUAUGGCAUGAAAGCCAGAGAUGUCAUUGGGACCCUGAGUGGAUUCUUCACCAUCAUCAAUGGCAUCUUUCUUCUACAUGCUUUUAAAAACACAGACAUCACCUGGAGUGAGCUCACAUCCACUGCUAAGAUGGAAGUCCUUUCUCCAAAUUGCCAUCAGAACAGUUAUGUUUUAUUAGAGAAUGCAGACUGUGCAGCCUCGGGCUAUGAUGAUGACGUCACCCUGUUUAGCAGGACUGAUGACCGAAAUCUCCAUAAACUUUGAACUUCAAUUGAGAAACCUGGAGAGAAACUUACUUUUGGAAUGUCUGUUUGUGUGUUCGCAUAUUUAACACUCUAGAUGGGAGGCCAAGAAAAAAGAAAGACUUUGUUCUCACCAUCAAAUUGGAUCAAGUUUGAUCUUCUUCUAGAAGAUUCAUGUCUUUCUCUUAUGUUUUCACAACCACUGAAACAGUCCCUGCGCACAAAAGUAGUCAAAGACUUAUAUUUGUCUCUGGAUAAUUCCCACUUUCACCCUUAGUAAGGAAAUUAUGAACAGUUUUUGAAUUUUCAGAAUGAACACAGUCUACUGUUGUUUUGAAUUAUGGAUGCAUUUUUUUCUAUUAAAUUUGUCUUGGCCACGCUUUCCAGUUCAGCUCAUUAAUAAGUGUGUAGGGAGAGAGAAACUUCUAAAAACAAAGUGUUAAGACCCCAGACAUACUACAGAAAUUGUCUUUUGUUCCUUACCGUUUUGCAUUGGAUUUCUCUGACUCUAGAUCCCUGCUCUGAGGAUCUCCAGCGGGGGUUAUUGCUGAGUGCUCACUGCAGUGUCUGCUUGUGGAAGCUGAUAAGCCACGGGCAUCCCAUGAGUUGAUACCUCAAGUCAAAUGCAUGUUUACAAUCCAUCACUGCCUCCCUUUGUGUGUCGGGUAGAUAAGCUGUGAACACAAGUUUGUAGGGAAUUUUCUUCUGAAGGGGUAGUGUGUUUGAAACUUGUACAAAUUCUUUUACUGGUUUUGUUUUUUAGCUGUGAGAACCCUGCUGGGUCCUCCGGGGCAUCUGCUUGGUGAGGACAUCAGUCAUCUCUCUGGACCUCUGUUCUCGGGUUGUGGCAGUUCUCCAUUCUAGUGGUCUUAACUUGUAGAUGUUUAUUAACUGUCACUUGUUACCUGACAUCUUAGCUGUCAAGUGUUGCCCUCGGUACACUGUGCACGGGUCAGACGUUCCUGGAACACAAGAAUCGAUGUGUCCUGGGUUGGAAGAUGAACUUGUGUUGACAUAUAUGCCCAGGAGAAAGAGUGAGAGAUUUAAUGAGUUGUCAUAUGUGGAGAAACAAUGAAAUAUUGGUGAAAACUCUGUGGAAAUUAAAAUUCUAUUGUAAAUCAAACACCAAAACGGAACCUUUCUCAAGAAGAUGAUGCUUAAGCAGAGUGAACUGCUGGGUCCCUAUAGCCACUCCCUGUCACUGGAACUGCUUGGCCCAUACUCUGCCUUUGAAUGUACCUUGUCAGCACAUGGACAGCGUAUGAUUUAUUGGUCAAUAUCAAUACUUAUGCAAAGAAAACAGCUUUUUGUCAAUCAUAAUUUCACUGUUAGGUCAAUGGUUGAUGAUUCUGUUUUUAGUCCAGAGCAAACGAUAUUCAUAAAACUCUUUAGAUUUAGCUACAAUGGAUUGAAUUAACACUUA